CUAGAUGUCUGUUCAUUGGACAGCAACCCUGGAAGGCUGUGUUCUAAUUGGACGAUAUAUUGGGCUUUUAAUUCUACAAGUCGAAGAUGUCAGAGAUUUUAUUAUGGUGGUUGUGAUGGAAACGGAAAUCGUUUUGAGAAUCAAGCAGAAUGUCGCUUAAAAUGUUUC